AUGGCUUUCAUUUACACCUACGCCCAAGAGAAUCGCGGCAAGCAAACCAUGUUAUGGUUCGUCAAGAUGCGUAUGGAGUUCCUGCCAUGGGCGAUGCUUCUCGUCUCCUUGGUCAUGAGUGGAACGUCUGGAGUCAUGCUUGAGCUCACCGGUAUUGUGGCCGCUCAUCUCUAUGACUUCCUAACUCGCAUCUAUCCAACUUUCGGUGGCGGGCGAAACUAUAUCACCACGCCAGUUGCGGUGCGGCGGUUUUUCGCUCGUCACACCCCCAACCUUGGGUCUCGUGGGUAUGGUACAGCCUUCAAUGCCUCCCAGGCACCGCAGCAAUCUUCCCAGUCCUCGUCCCGAGGCUGGACAUCCUCGAUCCAGAAUCCUUGGAGUGGUCGAGGUACAGGUCGAAGACUCGGCGGGGAUUAA